AUGUCAUCCGUCGCAGCCUUCUCGUUCGGCACCCUAGGUGACUUCAUCGUCCUCCUUGACCUUGCUCAGAAGGUUAGGAAGUCGCUCAAUGCUAGCUCGGGCGGGUCCCAGGACUAUCUCAUGUUACUUAUCGAAGUCGACGCCUUGGUCCGCAUCCUUCGACUGGCCACCACCCCUUCGACCUCGACUCGACUUUCACAGCUUUCGCCUGCCUUGGUCUGGACAGCUUGUAAUGCUCUCAAAUCGCUGCAGGAUGUUCUGAAUAUCCUCGAGACAAAGGUCGUGACUUACCAGGGCAAGUUACGAAAGGGGGGAUCAGCACUAAUGAUGAUGGAGUCUUGGAGGAAAAUCGGAUGGGGCCUGCUCGCCCAGGAUGACGAAGUGAAAAAGCUACGGUGCCAGCUGUCGUAUCACACCAGGACUAUCCAAGUUGUGAUGUCGUUCGCGCAGUGCGCAAUAACAGAUGAAACGGAGCGACAAUCUAAGCGUACGCUCGACCGUUUGACGAGGUACCUUCCCAUCAGUAUCGGCUACACCUGGGAAGGCGGAGCGACCACCGACACGGCGCCUAUACGGCUUCGAGACAUGUACGAUCAUAUCUUUGACGUGCCUCUGGAUCUCUGCGCUACUCCCGAGCUUUUUGACGGAAUGCUCAGGAUGUACUUCCAUGGCCGAAAAGGAAACAGAUUCAUCGUCAAGGGAGAUUACGAAUUGACGACCGCCGGAAGUAGCUCUUUGCUCAGCCUGAUUGACCCUUCCGAGUGGCAGACGACGAUGAAGCCCGGGAUCGUAGUGGAGAUGAACGCCAUCAUACCCCGAAAAUCAAGGCCAAAUCACCACUCCAACGUUGAGUGCCCGUGCUGCAGAAGAAUCGUUCCCGGUGUAGACAUUGACGUUCUCACCGUGUGCUCUCACUCGGACUGUCGGACGUCAUUUACUAUCUCACGGACGGAUAUAGAUGAUCCUACCAAUAUUCUUGACUGGGAAUUCUGCAAUGCAGCGAGGCCCAUAAUAGAAGCAACAACGGACUCGAACUACAUAUUCGGACCUGAGGAGUGGAGAACUCAGCACGCACAAGAACUGGAGCAGGUCUACGCAGAGUCGCGCGCUUUGCGUCACGUUAGGGUCCUGGAUUGGCUCCCGAUCAGAUUCGCUAAAAACGUGCCCAGGUUCAAAGCAGGCGUGCCCUUGACGUAUCGAGAUAGUCGGAAAGGAGAAGUACCAUUGACAUGGAAGGGAACGAGGACGCUCUCAAAUGUCGCGAUCCCUAUUUCACGAUGCGAAGUAUUUGAGCUCAUGGUAAUACACAUUCAACAGGGAGUUGUUGUACAUGACGUACUGUCCAAAGAUACAGGAGAGCUAUUGUCGCUGCCGUUUUUGGAUGCGACUCACUCUAUAAAAUGCGACCUCAGACCCUCCGCAAUGCUACACAACAGUCAGGCCAUGAGGAAAAUGGCCCAUCGAGCGGUCGGUAUGGAGGAAAAUUUCAAUCCCAGUAUCGAGUGA